AACUUUCAGACCAUGGAUAUGUUGAAGAAGCGAAAGCUCGAUGAGAAUGGAAUCGCGAUGCUAAACGAAGGUGUCAUCGGCGCCGUUUCGUCUCGAUUGAUGCCACAUGACGCUAGGAAGAUUAUCGAGCGGUUCUCUACUGAUCAGCUUCUCGAUAUCUUGCAAGAAGCUGUUGUACGGCAUCCAGAUAUCCUCGAGAUCGUU